ACCCGCGGAGAGAGACCGGGAACAUGUUGGAAAGUCUCCACAUCGCAGUGUCUCAGAGGCUUUGGUUGUCGGUCGCGACACAAAGUCUUUGUCAGGAGAAUUGGCGACGGUUCGGGUUGGGGUUCGGUUUGGGGUUCAUCCUAUCGAGAUGUUCCACCAGUUUAUUAGGAUCUGGAGUGAUCUUUUAAUCCCAUUGAUUCACUCUCUCACUUUAAUACAGAUACUAACCCCCAGUAAAUUUCUACCUCUAUUUUGAACAUCUCUGAACAUUACAUCAGUGGUAGUGCUUCUCACAAUCAGAAAUUAUGGCCUAAUUUUGUUUUCAAUAAAUUAGUGCCAGAAAAACUUGCCUAUUUAUAGGAACAUUAUCAUAUCAGUGUUUUGGGCAGUUACCAUCAAAUGUAGUGACUACUUUUUGUAGAUAAAUACAUUUAGUGUUUAUAAUGUGGCUUAGGACAUCUUUCCAAUGUGAAAGGCGCAAUUUAAAUGUAAAUCUGUAUUGUAAUGCUGUAUGUGCAGUUUGUUCUGAUCGCCUAUUUAAUUUCUUCUUGAUAAAGCUAAUUUGUUUUUAUAACUGAUUCACUAUUUUUCUUUGCAAUACUAAGCCUUCAGGACCUCUGCUGUCGAGCCAUUGUUUCCUGUGCAUCUCGUCGACAAACUGCCUCUUUCUGUUGCCUUAAAAGAGUCACCUCAAAUCUUUCUCCAUGGCCAAUGGACUGAAUGCCAGAAUGAUGCACGGACGCUCCUACUCUGUCACUGCCAACAGCAACAAACGGAGUAGCCUGAAGAAAUCCAAGAUCAUCUGCCCUUCCCAAAGUCCUUCACAGACCUGCCCUCGGAACAGCUGCAAAAUCUCUUAGCCACAGCCUCACGUGGAGAAGCUGAAAUGUAAACCACUACAUACACAGCCUGAUAAGCUGUGCUACAGAAUCAGAAACUCUGAAGAGGCCUGUGGAUUCCAAUUGAAUGUUUGCACACAAGGGAAUGACUAAUGCUGCUGCUCGUUACACGUUGAUUGCAAAUGACAUUGUUGUUACCAGAAUCCCUGAUUGUUUGUUGUGAGUGUUGUCGUGUGAAGGAGAGAUUUUCAACCGCUCAUGCUGAUGUUUUUAAAAAGACGAAGGUGUUUCAGUCUGUUUUUGUGUGAGCUGGACUAUUGACUUGUAUCAUGUGACUGUGGACUGUAUGUGGAUUGAAGGAUUUCAGAACUGGGUAUGAUUUUUAACUAGGAUGUUUUGCAUGUGGAAUGGAAAAUGGAUUCCGCGUGUACAAUACAGAUCCACUCAAAGAGAAGGAAAAACAAGGUGAGGGGUAUCGCCUGUCAGAGUUUAUGGAAGGAGGCGUGGGUCAUGUAGAAAUGCUUUUCCGUUGCAAUUACCUGGCCUUGGUGGGAGGUGGCAAAAAACCUAAAUAUCCUCCCAAUAAAGUGAUGAUCUGGGAUGAUUUAAAGAAGAAGACUGUUAUUGAAAUUGAAUUUUCUACGGAGGUCAAAGCUGUUAAACUACGGAGAGACAGAAUUGUGGUGGUUCUUGAUUCCAUGAUUAAAGUCUUCACAUUCACUCACAAUCCUCACCAGCUGCACGUCUUUGAGACUUGUUACAACCCCAAAGGUUUGUGUGUCCUUUGUCCAAACAGCAACAAUUCGCUGUUGGCCUUUCCAGGGACUCACACGGGCCGUGUGCAAAUCGUGGACCUGGCCAGCACUGAGAAACCUCCAGUUGAUAUCCCUGCCCACGAGGGAUCUUUGAGCUGCAUCGCUUUAAACCUCCAGGGAACACGUAUUGCAACUGCUUCAGAAAAGGGAACUUUGAUACGUAUCUUUGAUACUACCUCAGGGCAGCUCAUCCAGGAGUUACGAAGAGGAUCACAAGCAGCAAAUAUUUACUGCAUAAACUUUAAUCAAGAUGCUUCCUUAAUCUGUGUGUCAAGUGAUCAUGGGACUGUGCACAUAUUUGCCGCUGAGGACCCCAAAAGGAACAAGCAAUCCAGUUUGGCCUCAGCGAGCUUCCUUCCCAAAUACUUCAGCUCCAAAUGGAGCUUUUCCAAGUUUCAGGUUCCCUUCGGCUCCCCUUGCAUCUGUGCCUUUGGCACUGAGCCAAACUCGGUCAUCGCAAUCUGUGCUGAUGGCAGCUACUACAGAUUUUUAUUCAACCCCAAAGGUGAAUGCACUCGGGAUGUUUAUGCUCAGUUUCUGGAAAUGACAGAUGACAAGAUAUGAUCAGCAAAUAAACAAUUUACAAUUCAAUCUGCGUAUUGCUGUGCUGUAACACGCUACUUGCAAGAGGACAGAAGUGUUACGUCAUUGAGCGUAAUUAUUUCCAGUGAAAACUGGAGGGAAUAUACCAGGACUCCAGUGAAGGGUGAUGUACAGAAAGCUUGUUUUCUCCAAUUUUCUAACUCUGCUCAUGAUUCUGAAAUGAUGGUAGCUUUGGGGAAAAAGAUCUACUUUUAAUAGAAAGACAAAAUGUACAGAAAACACUUCAUUUCAGUGUUCACAAGUAAGUCAUCCACUCUUCAAAUGUUAUAUAUAUUUAAAAAAAAACCUGUUUAAACUUUGUGAGAUUGUUUGGAUGUUUAAGGUAAGAAUUCUGAAGUUAGACUUCCUUUGACUUUGAACUGUUUGGUGGCUGGGCACACAAUCCUAAAGCAUAAGGUUAAGGCAGCCAGUGCUGCAUUUCAAACCUGGUAAAAGUUUGGAUAAAUUGCAGAUUGAAUUGUACAACACUAAGUUAACUGCAAGAUGAAUUCUUAUUAUAGAUUGCUUUUCCUCCUCCAAUUUAACAUCAUUGCACUAUUAAAGAAAAUGACAGGAUGCUCAGUUACUGGACCCAGUUUCGUAGAAUUAUCUGCAGUUCCAAAACUACCAGAUUCAGCUGCAGACCAGAGUUUAUAGCCUGAAAAACCAAGCCAAGGGACAGCCAACUUCAAUACAAAGUGACAACA